GCGCCCCGCCCCGGCCCUCCCGGCCCCGCCGGCCAGUCCCUGUCCCUGGGAUGUGAGCCGGCGCCCGGGGGAGCGAGUGAGCCAGCGGAGCCGCCAUGGCCCUGGACGGCAGCGGCGGCGGUGGCGGCACGUGCGUGGCGGAGCUGGAGGCCCUGCUGGGGGCUGGGGGGCUGCAGCUGCUGGAGCAGCAGAUCGUCAUCAUCUCCACCCAGGACGAAGGCCCGCUCAGCGCCGCCGCCGUCCCCGUCACCGCCGAGGGGCCCCGAGAGGCCGAGUUGCUGCUGUUCGCAACGCCCCAGGCGCCCCGGCCGGGAGCCAGCGGACCCAGGCCUGCCCUGGGCCGGCCUCCGGUGAAAAGGAAACUGGACUUGGAAACAGACCAUCAGUACAUAGCUGAAGGCAGCCAGCCAGCCCGGGCCAGGCCCAGACCCCCUGGCAAAGGUGUGAAGUCCCCAGGGGAGAAGUCUCGCUAUGAGACCUCACUGAACCUGACCACCAAACGCUUCCUGGAGUUGCUGAACCAGUCUACAGAUGGCGUAGUGGACCUGAACUGGGCAGCUGAGGUACUGAAGGUGCAGAAACGUCGCAUCUAUGACAUCACCAAUGUGCUGGAAGGCAUCCAGCUCAUCACCAAGAAGUCCAAGAACCACAUCCAGUGGCUGGGGAACCACUCUGUAGCGGUCAACACCAGCAAGCACCAGAUGCUAGCCAAAGACUUGCAUCAUCUCCAGGAGGCUGAGAGGCAGCUGGAUGACUUGAUCCAGAUGUGCACAGUUCAGCUCAAACUGCUCACUGAAGACGCUGACAAUCAGCACUUAGCCUAUGUGACCUGCCAAGACCUACGAAGUAUAGCAGACCCUGCAGAGCAGAUGGUGAUGGUGAUUAAGGCCCCACCUGAGACACAGCUGCAGGCAACAGACCCCGCAGAGGCAUUCCAGAUCUCUCUGAAAAGCAGCAGAGGUCCCAUCGAUGUGUUCCUGUGCCCUGAGGAAAGCUCUGACGUGUGCAGUCCGGUGAAGAGUCCCUUUAAAGCAACUCCUGAGGAGACUGGCCUCAGUCUGGAGCCCACCCCUCCACCCCAGGCGCCGCCACCACCUCCCAGCCCCCUCUCAGCCUCUACGCAGGAAGGCAGCUUGCCCCUGCUCACCAGCGAGCAAGAACACCUCCUGUCCCGGGCAAGCCCGGCAUCCCUCAGAGCCUCGGCAGAAGAUGGACGCCUGUCCCCAUUAGUGUCUGUGGACAGCCUCCUGGAGCAGGGGAAGGAGGAUUUCUCUAGUUUCCUGCCAGAUGAAUUCAUCAGCCUUUCCCCUCCUCAAGGCCAGGACUAUCACUUUGGCCUGGAGGAAGGGGAGGGCAUCAGGGAACUCUUUGACUGUGACUUUGGGGACUUCACCCCCCUGGAUUUCUGACACAAAGCACCAGGAAGCUCCCCAGACCCCGAGGACAGGUCAAGGGAAGCAGGGAGGAUGACUGGGGACAUCUGGAAAGAGUCAGGUUCCUGGAGGGGCUUAGUUGCUGGGUGGCUGUCCUUGUAUGUGGAGGGAAGCAUGCAGGCAGCCAGGCCGGGAUCCCUUAACUAGGCCUGCUAAGGCCACUUCCUGCAUGCUUGGAGAUACUCAAAGCUGUUGCAGCCCCAGGUCCAUCUCCCUCCCUGUCCCCCACCUCAUCCUUUCUAAGACUUCCCAGGAGGAGAUCUCUGCCCUGCCAGGGAGUCUACCCCAGUGAUCUGAUUUUGUCACAAAAGCCACCUAAUUUAUUUCCCCUUUCUCUGGUCCCCUCUCCCACCGCCCCCCUCAUCUGGUUUCCUCCAUGAGCAGGAGUUCUCCCCUCUUGGGAAGGAGCCAGCAGUGGGUGUGGGUGCUUGUGUGUGAUGGGAGCGUUAAGUGCACUUUUGCUCAUCUUCUCUAUCUGCAGGUCUUGGACACUGCCGGUCCUUCCUAGGACCUGAGUCCUAGACCGAUUCUCAGAGCCUUGCCUGUGCUCUGAGGUCAGGGGGUGAGGCCUUGAGUGUCCUCCUCCCAGGAGUCCUUCCCCCAACCCAGCCAGCCAACCAGUGCUGGAUGAAAGGCUGCAGCCCCUCUUUGGGGACCCAGGCUGCAUGGAGAGAGCACUUUUGUCGUCUUAAAAGGUUAUUUGUUGCAAAGCUUUACUAAAUCGCAGCGUGUGCAAGCUUAUUUAUUUAUUGAAGUUGGCCGUGGCCGACCCCCACUUCCCAGGUGGAAUGGGAGCUAGAGAACUUGCAUCUCUGGGAAGGCAGGCAGAGGCCCACUGGCCCGUGUGUGUGCAUUUGGGCCCAAAGGAAGAAGCAGAGGGACAAGAGCUCCUCAGCCUUCUGGGGCAGAUGGCCAAGGAAGAGGGGCUAGGGUGGGUCCCAAAGGGGUUGUCCCUUUACCCAUGGUCCUCUGGGUAGAAGCAUAUUGAGGUUUGAUUUUAUUUAUUUAUUGGGAAUGUCAAGAGGGAGAAAGUUAUAGGCCAGGAGCAAAGAGAGACUAUAGGUAAAGUAGUAUAGGUCAGUGAAAGGAGAAGGAAGGAGGGAAUGGGUUGUACCAAGAGAUGGGUCAGCUUUCUGAGGCUGGAGCCUGGGCUAUUAGGGCCCAGGUACAAUGGGAAAGUCAGCUUGGGCACCAGGAUUAGAGGCAGGGGUGGAGGAAGCAGUGACACAGUACAAGAGGCAGGUGUUUAUACGUAGGAGAGUCAGAGAAGUGACUCUUCUGGGGUUCGAUGGAGGGAUCUCGCCCCCUUGCCCCACCCCGACCACGUGAGGUUGAGAGAAAAGGUAGCGCAGGCCAAAAGCAGCCUCAGGACCGUACUUUUGCUUCUGGUCUGAAGCCUGAUGGGCUUUUUUUGAGGGGGGAGGGGCUGGAAAAAGAGGAAGAGGCAUAGUCUCUGCCCUCAAGUUCUCUGCUGCCUCUGCCCUGGACUGGUGUGUGCCAGCCUCUGAGGACGCAGCCCCCGUCACCAAGGCCUAACCAGACUCCUCUGCAGGGGUUCAGGGCACGGUCAUUCCUCUCCCCUUCCCUUCCUUUCUCAGGUUCUGCCUGACUAUUUGGAUGGUGGAAGGGGAAAGGGCCUUGUCUGGCUUAGCCAGGGCCUCUCUGUUGGUGGGGGUCUCCUGGGCAGGGCAAGAAAGAGGAGAUGAUGGAGGGGUGAUCUAAAAGAGGAGGAAGUUUCAUGGGCAGAGCCUUGAUUUCCUACCUCUCCCCACUCCUCCAGAUUCCAGUGUCCUCUCAGUUCCCCUAUUCAACUGGAGGAGGCUUAGAUUUAGGGUCUGUGGGGACAGGGGCAGCACAUUUGGUGCCAGCUUUUUGUCUUUGGCGGGGUGGGCCAGCGGCUCAAAGGACCCAGUCCUCUCCCUGGCCACAGAUUUGCCUUUCAGACUCAAUAUCUUAUUGUGCUUUGGUUUCAAUAAAUAAUUUUGAUGGUGUCUGGGCUGUUUUGGGUAAGCUCUGUUUCUCAAGGUGGGGAGGGG